AAAUGGCAAGAAAAGACAGUUUGAGCGUUGCGUUGAUACCCUCACAUUUGCUGGCUUACGUGGAAUCAAGCAGCGACAGCUCCGAGAGUGACGACGACUUCAACCGUACUUGUGAGCAGAAAUUUGCCCAGCUGUUCGACAUGCCUAACAGUAUACCGAAGGCUACAGGCUACGUGAAGAACGUUGUGCGGAUGUACUCUGAGAAAGAUUUUCGCAGGAACUUUCGGCUUCCUAGGAAAUCCUGCUACGCCUUAAUUGAGCGUUUCUCCCAGUGCAGCUUCUUCCCAUCGAGCCAACGGCACAGUGGCUCACCAGGCAAAACGGCCGAGGAGCACAUGCUUUCCUUCCUUUGGUAUGCGGCCAACAAGGCUUCCAUGAGGGAGGUGUCUGUUCUUUUUGACACAGCUGAAUCAACACAACUGGUUAUUAUAAAUAGGGUUCUCGACUUCAUGUGCAGCAUUGCACCAGGGGAGAUCUACUUUUCCAGCAACAAGGAAGCUGUUGCAAGAGAAUUUGAAAAGGAAAGACAACAAGAGAUCGCUCAGCAUCGCAUUCUCCGAGAGGAAGAAUGCAAGGAAGCAAGCCAGUCCAUACCGACACAGAGAGAGUCAGCCCUGCGGCGCCUUGGUGAACUGAAGCGGAGCAACCUGGCACAGCGUUUAUAAG